AUGGCGAAGGAGAGGAAGGCAGCGAGGCUCAGAGCGCCGCCGGUGACCACGACAGGCGUUCAUGAUGUGGAAACUGAACUGUCGAGGGAGGCAAACCUCUACAACUUGUCGAGCGGCAUCCUUCCUUCCCUCGGCGCCAGGAGUACUCGCAGGGUCAAGCUUCGGAGGUUCAUCGUCUCCCCGUACGCCCGCAGAUAUAAAGCCUGGGAGACUUUUCUUAUCGUUCUGGUCGUUUACACUGCGUGGGCGUCGCCAUUCGAGUUCGGAUUCCUUGAGAGAUCGAGGGGAGCUCUGGCGCUGGUGGAUAACGUCGUCGAUGCAUUCUUCGCAGUCGAUAUCGUCUUGACCUUCUUCGUGGCUUACGUCGACAAAACAUCUUAUCUGCUUAUAGACAGUCGGAAGAAAAUAGCUUGGAGGUACCUAUCCACCUGGUUCGUUCUGGAUCUUGCUUCCACUGUACCUUUAGAGAUCGUCCGAAGGAUUCUACCUCGCAAGCUCGGAUCUUAUGGGUUCUUCACCAUGCUUCGGCUUUGGCGUCUCCGAAGAGUUAGCUCACUUUUCGCUCGAUUAGAGAAAGAUAGGAAAUUUAACUACUUUUGGGUUCGAUGUGCGAAGCUUACCUGUGUCACCCUCUUUGCGGUGCAUUCUGCCGGUUGCUUCUUUUACCUUGUCGCUGCAAGGUAUCAUGAUCCCAGCAGAACAUGGAUUGGGGCGUCUAUCCCCGACUUCCAUGUCAGAAGCUUGUGGGUCCGUUAUGUCACAUCAUUGUAUUGGUCAAUCACCACCCUGAGCACCGUGGGGUACGGAGACUUGCAUGUUCAAAACACAUGGGAGAUGGCGUUUGCCAUUGUUUACAUGCUCUUCAACCUCGGAUUGACCUCCUACUUGAUCGGAAACAUGACCAACUUGGUUGUGCAUGGCACCAGACGAACUAGAAAUUAUAGGGAUUCGAUUCAAGCAGCCACAGGUUUUGCUCAAAGGAACCAGCUCCCGGACCGGCUGCAAGACCAGAUGAUCUCGCAUCUCAGCUUAAGGUUCAGGAUAGAUUCUGAAGGGCUUCACCAGCAAGAAACACUCGACACCCUUCCUAAAGCCAUUCGUUCCAGCAUUUCCCACCACUUGUUUUACCCUCUCGUUGCUAAGGUCUACUUGUUCCGGGGGGUCUCUCAUAAUAUGCUUUUCCAGCUGGUGUCAGAAAUGAAGGCUGAAUACUUUCCACCAAGGGAAGAUGUCAUCUUGCAAAACGAAGCGCCUACAGACCUUUACAUAGUAGUCACCGGCAUUAUGGAUUUGAUUGAUCAUAAGAGCGGAGCCGAACAGGUUUGUCGAGUGGCAAAGACAGGUGAUGUUGCUGGGGAGAUAGGAGUCCUUUGUUGCCGACCACAAGCGUUCACAGCACGAACAAGGUCAUUGUGCCAACUCCUGCGUUUGAAUCGUACCACGUUCCUCAGCAUCGUUCAGUCCAACUUUGGAGAUGGCACCACAAUCGUGAACAAUCUGCUUCAGUGUCUGAAAGCGCAGGAGGAUCCUGUGAUGAUGCGAGUGCUGCGGGAGAUAGAGAAUAUGCUGGCGCAGGGCCGAUUGGAUUUGCCUCUGACUCUAUGUUUUGCAGUCACCAGAGGUGAUGAUCUGCUACUGCAUCAGCUCUUGAGACGCGGCUUGGAUCCCAAUGAAUCGGACAGCAAUGGACAGACUGCACUGCAUAUAGCAGCAUCCAAGGGAAACGAGAACUGUGUUCACCUCUUGCUAGAUUAUGGGGCGGAUCCCAACAGUCAAGAUUCCGAAGGAAGUGUUCCUUUGUGGGAGGCCAUGGCGGGGAAGCAUGGGAAUGUUGUCAAACUGCUGAUAGAAAACGGGGCGAAUCUCUCAUCCGGUGACAUGGGCUUAUUCGCCUCCACGGCUGCGGAGCAGAACAGCUUAGAGCUGCUCGAGGACAUCAUCCGUUGCGGGGGCGACGUGACGGUGCCCGAGAGAGACGGGAGUACGGCACUUCAUCUUGCCGUCUGCCAAGGGAACGCCGAGGUCGUCAACUUCUUACUCGAACAAGGAGCUGACAUGGACAAACCGGAUUGCCAUGGUUGGACUCCCAGGAAUCUCGCCGAUCAGAAGGGUCAUGCAAUGAUCAAAGCUCUGUUUGAAGCGAAGAGAGCCCAGAAUAUCACUUGUAUGUCUGUGUCCGAUUUGGUUGGCAGAUGCAGCGGUGAUCCUGCAGUUCCACUUCCACAACUCACUGUGGGGAAUUCGACUCGGGAGGGAAGCGAUCCGACGCGGAAGACAAACUUCCACAACUCACUGUUCGGAGUCAUAUCAGCUGCCCGUGCCAACAGGAAAAGCGACAGUGGGUUUCUCUCGUCCGUUGCCUUGCCAAGGUCCGCUGCUGUGCUCGGUGGUUCCAAUGGUCACAAUGGCCUACUACGAGUAACAAUUAGCUGUCCGGAGAAAGCGAACUCUGCUCGUAAACUCAUACCAUUGCCAGGUUCAUUGGCGGAGCUCCUCGAUCUUGGUCGCAACAAGUUUGGCUUCUUGCCUACUAAAGUGCUCACUGAAGAAGGAGCGGAGAUUGAUGACGUGAAGGUAAUUAGAGACGGAGAUCAUCUUGUUCUAGUCAGUGAUGCUUGGACCGGAGAAGGAAGCAGCAAACAAGAUGGAGCAUGAAGCCAACAUAUUAGCAACUGCUGGUGGGCUCCUCUGCACUUGUAUCGUCAUGCAAUGACAUGAAUAAGCUUCCAGCUUCCACUCGACAUAGAUGGUCUGUAUGGGGCCUCGAUUUCGGCAAUGUAGGAUUAGAUACGCAAUGAUACGAUGCUUUUUUACAUGAAAUGAAUGAAAUAAGCUCCUCUGCAGCUUCCACA